AUGUUCUUAAGGAUGACAAUAACAAGUAACAUUAAAACUUCCCUUCCGGAUGUUGAUAAAGCUAAGACUUAUUUGACAGCAAUAGAAGAACGGUUUAAGACUGAAGAUAAAUCCCUUGCAGGGAAACUUAUGGCAGAUCUUACAACCAUGAAGUAUGAUGGGACAAGGUCUAUGCAUGAACAUUGCAUUGAAAUGACCAACCUUGCAGCUAAACUAAAGAAUUUAGGGAUGAGUGUGGACGAUUCAUUUCUCGUCCAGUUUAUCCUAAUUUCCCUUUCUCCUCAGUAUGGACCAUUUCAGAUCAGUUAUAAUACCACAGAUGAAAAGUGGACAUCUAAUGAAUUGACUGGAAAGUUGGUCCAAGAGGAGUCAAGGCUUGGCCGUGAAGGUAUUAAAGUUGCCCAUUAUGUUCAAGGAGCUGGAUCUAAAGCUGGGAAAAGGCAUCAAAAGAGCCAUAAAAGAGCACCACCCAACAUGAGCGAUUCCAAUCAACAUAACCAGAAGAAAAAGGCAAAGAAAGAUGAUAGGUGCAACUUUUGCAAAAAGGUUGGACACUUUCAGAAAGAUUGCACUAAAAGAAGAGAAUGGUUCGAAAAGAAAGGGAUUCCUUACGAUCCAAACCAUAAAGUCAAGUGA